GCAUUUUAGACAUUCACUUGCGUCGGUUUGUUUGAAGCGAAAGGUUGUCGCUGCUCCUCGAGUGUGGUGCAAAGAAAAAAAGUGUAUAUAUCGGUAAUGGGAAGAGCGCGCUUUUAAACUGUAAUAUAAUUAAUUAUUGAUUUUAGUGUUGAAUAAAACACUACAUAUUUAGCGAGCAAGAGAAAAAUUAAACAAAUUAUAAUUCCAGUUCCAAUAAGUUAUUAUACCUCAUAACCUUAAAUUUUAAUAAAACCAGCAGCAUGGUUAACAUAUCGGAUGGCGGCAAAAAUGUGCCGCAAGAAAUGGAGCAGUUCCUCCCACCCGGAGAAAAGAAGGCGGUCAUUGUUUACAAAAUGGCCGCUGAUCCUGAACAAGGAGGAGAAAAGGGAUAUGACCCCUUUGCUGAGCGCCUCACAAUGGAAAGUGCAACAACUGACAACGAAACUCUUACCCAUUUACUGAAGGCCGCCCUUGGAACUGGAAUUCUGUCCAUGCCAAUUGCUUUUAUGUAUGCAGGAUUAUUUUUCGGCAUAUUUACAACAAUGUUUACAGCAUUGGUCUGCACACAUUGUGCAUAUGUUUUGGUUAAAUGUGGCCACAAGUUAUAUUACAAAGAACAAAAAUCAAAAAUGAGCUUUGCUGAAAUAUCCGAAAAAGCAUUUAUGCUCGGACCUGGAUGGGUUCGUGCCUUGGCUGUACCUUCCCGAAUUCUUAUUCUCUUUGGAUUGUUUUUAACAUAUUUUGGUACUUGUUCUGUGUAUGCAGUUAUUGUUGCCAAAAACUUCCAACAGAUUAUCGAGCAUUAUACAAAAACCGAAAUCAAUGCCCAAAUUCUGAUUGCAAUUUUGCUAGUACCAUUGAUUCUAUUAACAUGGAUUCCCAAUUUAAAAAGUCUUGCCCCAGUAUCAAUGGCUGCUAAUGUUUUCAUGGGAUGUGGUCUUGCUAUAACUUUCUAUUACUUGGUUAUUGGAUUGGCACCAAUUAAUGAACGAGAAUACGUACAGCUGUCUACGUUACCUUCGUUCUUUGCCAUAACCAUUUUUGCAAUGGAAGCUAUUGGAGUUAUAAUGCCAUUGGAAAAUAGUAUGAAAACACCACAGAAUUUUAUUGGAGUUUUUGGUGUUUUGUCUAAGGGAAUGUCUGGUGUAACACUUAUUUACAUUUUACUUGGUUUUCUUGGGUAUUUGAGAUUCGGAAAUGAGACCGGAGAGAGUAUUACACUUAAUUUGCCAGUUGAAGAAGUACCUGCUCAAAUUGUAAAGGUGUUGAUCGCCUUGGGAGUAUAUUGUACUUUCGGACUUCAAUUUACUGUAUGCCUGGAAAUCGCAUGGGAUGGUAUUAAGGAUAACUUUACAAAGAGACCUCUUCUUGCUAAUUACGUUUUAAGAACUGUUUUGGUUGUUGCUUCCAUUGUAUUGGCAAUUGCUGUUCCAACAAUUGCUCCAUUCAUGGGUUUGAUUGGUGCUUUUUGCUUUUCAAUCCUUGGUCUUAUUAUGCCUGCUGCAAUUGAGAUCAUUAUGAGUCUAGAAACUGGUUUCGGUACCUGCAACUGGAUUCUUUGGAAAAAUAUUUUCAUUUUCCUCUUUGGAAUCUUUGCUCUAGUAUUUGGAUCGAUAAGUGCUAUAAAAGAUAUUUUAAGAAUAUACACAUAGUCAUAGAAAAAGUUCAUAUUAAUUUUUAAAAAACAAAAAAAUUAUUUAAAAGAAGGAACACAAAAAAGACAUUCACUUUUUUUAAUUCCUCCACAGGUUCUACAUAACAUUUUAUAUAUAUAAUAUUAUUUUUUUUUGUAAUUUAAUGUAUGUCUUAUAUUUUUUUUGUGUAUACAAAUAAAUUUAUAUAGCAAAUUCUAAGUGUGCUUUGCAAGGCAAAGCGAGUUGUAAAAAGUAGUAAGAAAAAAUAAGUUAUAAAUUAAUAUUAUUAUCGAAAGUUUAAUGUUAAAAAAUAAAUUAAACUGUGUAGAUUUUAUUGAUAACAUAUUGAUGUUGUAGUAAAGGUCUUCCCUAAUUUAAAUUAAAUUUGUAUUCAUUCUGCUCGAAUUCUCCUCUUUUGUAGUAUAUAUAUUUUUUUAAAUUGGUUUUUAUAAUAUUAAAACUUAACUGAUUCAGUUGACAUGGAAAUUUCUAAUCGAUAGUGUUAAAUUGUGUUAUAGUUUUUAAUUGUGUUAUAGUUUUUGGUCAAAUUUAUUGCACUGCCGAAUUUUGUAAAAAUCUAUUUUUGAAAAUAUAUAUGUAAUAAUAGUAAAUAAUCUCGAAAACACUUUUUGACAAAUUUUAAAACAAUUUAGAAAAAUUUCGCCGUCCAAGAUUAUAGAAGCAUUUACCAAUGUCUGUGGAUCAGAUCAAUGAGAUGAAACUAAUUCUCACCUUUCCUAAAAUGAAUCCCCAUUUUUUCUUGAUUCAUCUUGCAAGAUAUCACUUUCCGUAUCAUGAUUGUUUUAUUUUCUAGAUUAAAAAAAAAAAAUUGUUCUUAAACUGUGUGAAAAAGUUCAAACAUAAAAUCCAUAUCCGAAUAUAAAAUAUCGAGCAUUUAAUUUAAUUAGUCCGAAAAUUUAUAACUUACAACUCGCUGAUACCAUUUCAUCCUGAUCUCAAAUUUUAGAAGAACACCUAAACCAAAAACUCCAAAUUAAAAAAAAAUCAAAUUAAUUGAGAUUGAAUAAGCCUUAAAAAAUGCACAUUGCUUGUUUUUGUUAUAUAAUGAUAAAUUUAAUUGAUUUCUUAAACUAUUAAUAUGAGAAAUAAUAUUUGUCUUAAUACAAAGUAUCCAUACAUUAUUAAGAUACAAAAAUAAGUGCAUGCAUAGGAAGUCCAGGUUAACUUUUUUGAUGUACCUGUAAGGUCUGAUGUUUUUUUGUUGGACCAAGUUUUUUUUUAUUAAUCCGCAUUAAUUGUUUAGUUUUUGUUACAUUUUGUUUUCGUUUAAGGAAACAUCUUAAUCGUUUUUGUAUUCGUCUCUAAAAAGUUUUAACAAAAAUGAUGAAAGUAUUCAGGAUUUUUGUUAAAAAUUGUAAGAUCUGAAUAACCUUGACGAAAACAAAUGCACUACACUAAGGCCAGUUUUAUUUGUAGCAAUAUUUAAUACAUUUGAUUUGUAAACAUAUUUUUAUAACAACAAACAAUAAGAACCCUUAGAUUGUGCUGUGGAGAAAAAAGAAAAUUAAAAAACAGAAAAAUGGCAUAUUUUUUUAAAUAAUCUACAUUUUAUUGUAGCCAAUUAAAAGAAACAAUAUAAAACAUUUAUUAUUUAAAGUGCCUCCAAAUAAUAAUUGAAAAAUAAAAAAAUAUAUAUAAAAAGCACAAUGCUUAUUGAACCAUGAAACAAGUUUAAAAGUUAAUUACAUGAUGUCCUAAUGUUAAUUAAAAAAAAAAGAAAAAAAAGUGUUAAUUAAAGCUUAAAACAAAAACUUAAUUGUAAAUGUGUUUCAAGUAAGAUUUAAAAAACAAAACAAAAAAAAAAGUAUAAACAAAAAAUAAUUUAAUUUAAUAGUACCUUUAUACCUUUAAGAUAUUGGUGUCCUAUAGAUUUUAAAACUUUCGUUAAAUAGGAACUCAUUAUUGUAUUUUAAUUUAUUUAAAAAAAAAGAAAGAAAACAAAAACAAAGCAUGCUGAUGAUUACACAUGUUACAAAAAAACGAUCAUUAUAAUUUUAUUCUAAAAGAAAAUGUAUUUUUUUAUAAAAUAAAAACAAAAAAAAAAACAACAUAAAAAACUAUUUUUAUAAGCAAUGUGGCUGCAUUUAUUUGUAAGAACCCGAAAGGAAAACAAAAAAAAAAUAAAUAAAUAUAAAACACCGAGCUAUUAACUGUCCACAUUUUUACAAAUUGAUUUUUUUUUGUUUUGAAAGCUGAAUUAAA